CGUCUGAGCGGCAACUCUCGGCGUUUGAGGACUUGUAGUCGAUAAAGUCGAUGGGGUUCAGAGGAGAAGCACUUGCCAGCAUGACAUACGUAGCUCACGUCACCGUCACCACCAUUGCCAAAGGCCAGUUGCAUGGCCAUAGAUUCUGCUGAUGAUUAUUCAAAGAUUGUAGAUUUGCUAAGCCGGUUUGCAAUUCAUCAUAUGAAUGUUAGCUCCUCCUGCAGAAAGCAUGGAGCUGCUGGAGCAGAUGUUAAUUCUGUUUCCACAGCAUCAAGGAUUGAUGCAAUUCGAUCGGUGUACGGGGGUGUCUGUUGCUCGCAGUCUGAUGAAAUGGAAGCUUCAGAUAAAGAUCCUUCUAGCUCAGUUUUUCAGAUGGACGGCUUUAUCUCCGAUUCCAAUUAUGUUGCGAAGAAGAUGACCAUGGUGCUUUUUAUAAAUGAUAGAUCGGUAGAUUGCAGUGAUCUGAAGAGAGCUCUAGAAGUUGUUUAUGCUGCAACAUUGCCAAAAGCAUCAAAACCCUUCAUAUACAUGUCAAUUAUGUUACCACCUGAACAUGUUGAUGUGAACGUUCGCCCAAACAAAGAGAGAGGUAAGCCUUCUGAAUCAGGAAAUCAUCAUUGAGACACAAACAUUUCAGGAACAAUAGACAGAAUUGCACAUAUCUUCUGAAAAAAACAAACAAAACCCACCAAGCAGAAGAGCAGAAACAUUCUAAGCUAUCUGGACAGACCAUCCAGAAAUAUUAUCUGAUACAAAGUUGCAAAUAUGCCUCUAUAUCAAACACAAAACAUUGAAUUU